UGACCUUUGUCCAUGGAGAUGCAGGUGGUGCAGCGGGCCAGGGAGACCUUUCUUACCGGGAGGUCGCGACCCCUGGAGUUCAGAGUUCAGCAGCUCAAGUCCCUCCAGAGGAUGAUCACAGACAGACAGGGAGAGAUCGCCACCGCCCUCAAACAGGACAUCAACAGGAGCCAGUACGACACCCCGCUGUUGGAGCUGAUCGGCCUGGAGAAUGAGAUCAGCCUGGCUGUGUCGAAGCUGGCGCAGUGGGCUGCUCCUCGGGCAGUAGAGAAGAGCCUCCUCACCAUCCGAGACCAGGUGUACAUCCAGCCGGAGCCUCUGGGAGUGGUCCUCAUCAUCGGGGCCUGGAACUACCCCUGGGCCCUCACCUUGCAGCCCCUGGUCGGGGCCAUCGCUGCUGGUACGACCCCCGGUUUAUCUUUCCCCUCUAUUCCUAUUCCUCCAGAGCUGGGUUUAUUUUCAGCGUUACCUUACAUAGUAAACUGUCAUGGUCAAAACAUAUAG